GACCAGGACAGUGGGCGUUUGACACACAUCCCCUGGUGGCGGCCAGGUCCUCUCCCGAGGCCCCUUGUCAGAAUCGGAACCGCCUCUCUCUCCCGAAACGCACAAACACCUCCUGGCGACCGCGAUAGCAAGAACACAAACCAAAAAAGCCAAAAACCAACUGAGGAACAUCUUCGUCAGCUUCAUUUUGAAAGUGGCACCCUUCUGGCCAUUGUUCCAUUCUGUACCUCCCCCUCCCUCUUCCAAAUUGUUGAUUCACUCACGGUGGAUGCCCCGUAAAUACAUUUCAGCCGCUGGGCAGGCGGUUACAGAGAGUCGCUUAGAAGGUAGCGAUCAAGAGACAGGGCGAGUGGAGCGCCCUGGCGGCUAAGGCAUCAUUUCCUUACGCAUUCUGCACUGAGCGCUUGUCCCGUGGGCUGCAAGGUGUUUGACUCCAAAUGCACCUGUGAAGGGAACUGGAGACACCAGGAUCUGGUGAUUUUGAAAAGGAGCUUGCACCGCCAGGGUGAAAACCCCUGCUUCCUUCACGUGAGAUGUGACCCUCGUGGAGGUGAAGAAAUGGUUUCUGUUGGCGUCUUAAGUUCAGCACGAAAUAUGGAAGUGUACUUAGGAGAGGAGUACUGUGGAACCAGCAGGGGCAAGAGUGUUUGUAAUGUUCUGGAUAACAGUGAACAGGAAAAGAUUAUUUUGUACAAAACAUACCUAAAAUUGGAGUCUUCCACACGUGCUUGUAAAAUAAAGCUGCUCUCGUUUGGUGAAAAGCAGUGUGUGUUCAUCAGUAGAGUCGUGGUCCACGUGAGGCCCGUGUCCCCGGAGUCUCCGGCAAGCUGUCCUCGUCUGGGGUCAAGGAUAGACCUGGAGCGGGUCCAAACCAUCAUGGAGUCCAUGGGCUCCAAGCUGUCCCCUGGAGCUCAGCAGCUGAUGAGUAUGGUUCGGUUUCAGCAGCAGCAGAUGUGCAUUCCCAUCGGCGAGCCGCCCCAGUCGCCUUGGGGAAGCGCUGGCUCCACGCCCGGGGUUGGAGCACGAGCAUCCUCCGCUUCGGGAGCCUCGGCCAAGUCGACCUCCACACCUUUUCCCUUCCGAACCGGCCUGACGUCUGGAAACCGGACCGAAGACGUGCAGGCUCACCCGGACCAAAGGACGCAGCCAGCGGCCGGGGGCCCUGUUACCAGCCUCCAGGAGUGUCCCCUGGGGCCACAGAACCAGUCUCUUCUUGAGAAUGCGCUUAAGGCUGCAGUCUCUUCUUUCUCACCGAAGAAAGCGGGUGACAGCGCCCCCGUAGCUAACUCGGAGCUGCCACCUUUCCUCCAGAACUUGUGUCAUCAAGUGAGCCAUCUCCGCCUGGGACCUCACAGCAAGUGGCAGGAGAGCAUCACCAGGCCCGGCGAAGGCCCUGCUGGGCUUCCAAUGGACGAACAAUCCAUUUGUUCCUCCUUGGAAAAGAUGCUUUCUAAAAAUAUGGAAGUGAUGGAAAAGAAGCUCACGGACUACAUCGAUCAGCGAAUUUAUAAACUCCAGGAGCACAUAGAUAAUAAGAUUGCUUUGUUGGUGGACUUGCUGCAAAAUCCCAACUCCCCACCCUCUGGGAUGCCUCUAAGACACUAUGACUCUGGAGAAAGACUUUCAAAUGGAGAAAGAUAAGCACUCAGCACAUACAGAGUACUACAGAUAUUUAUUAAGUAUUUAUUACAAAGCCAAAACAUCAAAGCAGCUAUUUAACGUCAUUUGAGGAUCACUGUUUACUUAUAUAAAGUGACCUCAGUGUUCAUUUUAACUGUACUGUUAUUAUAAAUCCAGUACUGUGUACUAAGCGUUAACGUGAUAAGAUCCUGAGUUAUUUUUGUUUGCCAUAUCUUUCACGUUUAUAAGAAAUUGACAUAUACUUUUGAA